ACCUAUAGCGGAAGUAGUUAGCAAACCGCAUGAAAACUGAGUUGGAAAUAUUCUUCAGUGACGUUGAUAAGGUAUAUUAAAGUGUAUCACGGUGUGUGUGUGUAUAUAGAUAUAUAUAUAUACACAUAUAUAUAUACACACAUAUAUAUAUAUUAUAGUUUAGUAGCGUAAAAACCGAGAUGGUUCUGUCGGAGAGAGACGAGGCGUCGCUACUGAUGGACGAAAAGCUGCUUCGUUUCAUGGAGCAACUGGAGUUACUGGAGGAGAAACGAGCCUCUCUCAACUCCCUCAUAGAGCAGGGAUGGUUUUCUAUGUCAAAGGCACGAUAUUCCAUGGGCAACAAACAAGUGUCUGCUCUUCAGUACGCAAGUGAGAUGAAGCCACGUGUCUGUGUGCACGCGAGACCAUUGGACAGUGGCGAGGUGGAGUUUUGCACCGAACAAACGACGCAGAAAUCUUCCGCUGAAAACAGAAAAGAAGUGGAGACGAUUGGACCGGAAGACAGCGGUGUAAGGAGAAGAGUCAAAUCAACGAAAGACACCACAGAAAAAGAGGCAAAUACUGAGACGUCCUCGAUGAAAAUGGAGCCCACUGAAGCCCCUCCAGUUAUCGAAAGUGACCAAACUCCUCAGCAAGAUCCACUGAAAUGGUUUGGGAUUCUGGUGCCCCAGUCUCUGAAACAAGCACAGUCCUCAUUCAAGCAAGUCAUAGAUCUGUCUGUCGAGGUGGCCACCCUGCAGAGUGCCGUCUUAAAAACCAGACAGGAGCUCAGUCUGAAGGUGACGGACGACCUCGAGGAGCAGAAAACCUGCACAGACUGAGUCUCGGAUCCUCCGCCAGAAAACAUCCCUCAUGGCAUGUUUUGGCCACAGAUUCGCUUACUAUUUAUUUAAUGGUUACACACCUGAGUUUUAAACUGUGCUGUUGCGGCCGUCUGCCAGAUCUGUCUUUGACAUUGCUAGAUGUUUUGUGGUUGACGUUGAUAGGCCGAAAUGUCUUCUCAUAAGCCCGUGUAAGUUAGUGUUUUAUACAGAACCUAUCAGGAUUUACUCCAUUAAAAUGUGAUUUUGAUACAUUCUGUGUACUUUCUUACGCACGUGAUAAAGAAAUAUGUUGGGUUGGAUGAGACGUUUAGUGAUAUUCAGUCUAUUGAUGUGGUGGCCUCAAAAGCACCUACACAAACUGCCCCCCCUCCCAAUUUGGGGACCUGUGUCAAAUAAUUGUAAUUCCUUUCAAAAGUGAGCAAGGGAAGAGAUUCGCUACUCUUUAUGGAUCCACAUACUUAUUAAAAACGUACAAUGAAUAUAGAUAAUGGUACACAUCAAUAAAUCGAAUCGGCUAAACUUCAUAUAGUAUAUUUUGUUGAUCAAAUUGCAAUGCACUUUACAUAAAAAUGCAUACAAAAGCAAUGAUGAGU